AUGGGCUUGGUAGAAGGAGAGGACAUUCCGUCUUCAAAUGAUUCUUUAGAGUCUGAUGAUCCUCAGGCACCCCCAAGAGUUGAUUAUGUUUUAUCAUAUAGAAGUUAUCUAUCUGAAGCACAGAAACAGAGAGUAGUGUCAUUUAUCCAGGAAAUUCGACCUGAAAUCACUAUUUUUGUAGCAGUCACGCAGAAGAGAAAUAUUCAACCCCCAGGUCCUUUUCUGGAAGGAGAUAUCUGCCUCCUUUUCCCAGCAAAGAGUGGGAAAAAAUCCACAUUUAUGGUCUAUUUACUUUGCGCAACAGCGACACAUUCCAUAGGUGGAGCUGGUUUUCAAAGGGUUUGCCCAUGCCCUGGCAGAUCUUGUGCAAAAACAGCUUCAGGGGUCCAUAUUAUGGAUGAACUAACCAAUGACGAAAAUGUCUCCUUGGAAACUGAUGUGCAUGAAAUUUCUAAUGAAUCUCUGGAGAUUGAAGACCCUGGUGGUGCACCUCAGCCUCCAUACAUUGUACCAUGCAGGAACUCUUUAUCUAAAUCUCAAAAGAAGAUUGUUGAAGAGCGAGUGUGA